GACGACGCGACGGCGACGGCGCGCAAGCGUCGGUACGUCAACGUGACGGGAUUCCCGUUCCCGCUCACGCCGGUGCUGCGAAGGAAGACGACGAUGGAGACGAUCGUUCCGGGACGGGUGUGGGCGCUGGAGCAAGAGCAAGGGAUCGGAUUCGGGCUGGGGGUGACGACGAACGUGCGGAUGACGGUGGUGAGAAUGCGCGACGGCGCGCUGUGGGUGCACGACCCGAUCGCGCCGACGGAGGAGUGCGUGGAGUUGUUGGCGAAGAUCGGGGGAGAGGUGAAGUAUUGCUGCUUGUCGACGACGCAGUACGAACAUAAAAUAUUCGCGCCGGCGUUCACGCGCGCGUUUCCAAAGUGCGAGCUGUGGAUCGCGCCGGGGCAGUUUUCGUUUCCUCUGCCGCUGCCGAACGCGUUUUUGGGAUUGUUUCCGAAAGGUACGCUCGGUGACUCGCGUAAUCCGCCGCCGUGGAGCGAUGAGAUCGAAAGCGAGCUUUUGUAUCUACCGCCGUUGUUUUGGCACAAUUACACGUACUGCGAGUGCGCGUUUUAUCAUAAAGAUACGUCGUCGCUUUUAGUCACCGACGCGGCGGUGUACGUGGGAGAGAACGCGCCAGGAAUCAUCCCAGAGGAUGACUUGGAGAGUCUGGGGAGCGACGACUGCUUCACCAUUCGUUUGCUGAAACUGGGGAAUUAUCGCGGCGGACGAAACAUCGCGUCGCCUCAAAUUCCGGCGAGUCAGCGCGAAGCGCGCGUGUCGAACGGAUGGAUGCGCAUGGCGCUGUUUUCGUUGUUCAUCGCCCCGGACGCGAAGAAUAUCUUAAACCCCGAACGGAGCUUUCGCGGCAUGGCGGGGAAAUUCGUCGUGUCCCCGAUCGUAUUCAACGUCGUGUUUCAAUUUUACCGCGAGGAAGUCGCGGCGUGGGCCGAAAAAGUCAGUCGCUGGAACGCAGAGCGCGUGAUCGCCUCGCACUUCCCCGUUCCGGAGUCCGCCAGCAGUGCUGACUUUUUGCGAGCCUUUGAUUUC